UAAAAAGCAGAAAAUAAAAUGAAGAUUUUUCAGUGCAAGAUGCGGUACUGGCUGCUUCCCGCUCUUUUGGCUGUUGCAUAUUUCUGCACCAUCGUCCAGGGUCAAGUGGCUCCACCUACAAGGUUAAGAUAUAAUGUAUUAUCUCAUGACAGUAUACAGAUUUCAUGGAAAGCGCCAAGAGGGAAAUUUGGUGGAUACAAACUUCUUGUGACUCCAGCUUCAGGUGGAAAAACUAAUCAGUUGAAUCUCCAGAACACUGCAACUAAAGCAAUUAUUCAAGGUCUUAUGCCAGACCAGAAUUACACAGUUCAAAUUAUUGCAUACCAUAAAGACAAAGAAAGCAAGCCGGCUCAAGGCCAAUUCAGAAUUAAAGAUUUAGAAAAAAGAAAGGAUCCAAAGCCCAGAGGCAAGGUUGUGGACAAAGGAAAUGGGAGUAAAGCAUCUUCACCAGAAGAAGUGAAAUUUUUCUGUCAAACUCCAGCCAUUGCUGACAUUGUAAUCCUGGUCGAUGGUUCAUGGAGUAUUGGAAGAUUCAACUUCAGAUUGGUUCGUCUUUUCUUGGAAAACCUGGUUACAGCAUUCAACGUGGGCUCAGAGAAGACACGAAUCGGGGUGAAAAAUGCGGACCUGAAUGAACUGCAGGAGAUCGCCUCAGAACCGGACAGCACCCAUGUGUACAACGUUGCUGAAUUUGACCUGAUGCACACGGUUGUAGAGAGUCUGACAAGGACUGUCUGCUCCAGAGUGGAAGAACAGGACAGGGAAAUUAAAGCCUCAGCCCUUGCCACCAUUGGGCCACCUACAGAAUUGAUUACUUCUGAAGUCACUGCCAGAAGCUUUAUGGUUAACUGGACUCAUGCCCCAGGAAGAGUGGAAAAAUACAGAGUUGUGUAUUAUCCCACCAGAGGUGGAAAACCAGAGGAGGUGGUGGUGGAUGGAAGUGUAUCUUCCACAGUGCUGAAAAAUUUAAUGUCUUUAACUGAGUAUCAGAUAGCAGUCUUUGCAAUAUAUGCCCACACUGCUAGUGAAGGCCUACGGGGAACUGAAACUACACUUUCUUUGCCCAUGGCAUCCGACCUUGAACUGUACGAUGUGACUGAGAACAGUCUGCGGGUCAGAUGGGACGCAGUACCUGGGGCCUCAGGGUACCUGAUCCUUUAUGCUCCUCUAACAGAGGGUCUGGCUGGGGAUGAAAAAGAGAUGAAAAUUGGAGAGACCCACACAGAUAUUGAAUUGAAUGAGUUGUUGCCCAAUACUGAAUACACAGUCACAGUUUAUGCCAUGUUUGGAGAAGAGGCCAGCGAUCCUGUUACAGGACAAGAAACAACAUUGCCUUUAAGUCCACCAAGAAACCUGAGAAUCUCCAAUGUUGGCUCUAACAGUGCUCGGUUAACCUGGGAUCCAACUUCAAGAAAGAUUAUUGGUUAUCGAAUUGUGUAUAACAACGCAGAUGGCACUGAGAUCAAUGAGCAAAAGAUUCCUCAAAGAGCCUGUGCUUCCUACAGCCCCCCGGGAGCUGCUGGAGUUUUGGCUUUCUUGCCUUCUCAUUUCCCUGACAAAAUUCUCCUUCCUGGGCUUACAGAGGAAGUUCCAGCCCAGCAAUACUUGGAAAUUGAUGAGGUGACGACAGACAGUUUUAGGGUGACCUGGCAUCCCCUUUCUGCUGAAGAAGGGCUACACAAGUUGAUGUGGAUUCCAGUCUAUGGGGGGAAGACUGAGGAGGUUGCCCUAAAAGAAGAGCAGGACUCAUAUGUCAUUGAAGGCCUGGAGCCUGGCACGGAGUAUGAAGUUUCACUGUUGGCUGUGCUUGACGAUGGGAGUGAGAGUGAGGUGGUGACUGCUGUCGGGACCACGCUUGACAGUGUUUGGACAGAACCAGCUAUGACCAUAGCACCUACCAGCCCUGUGACUUCAGUUUUCCAGACAGGAAUCAGAAACCUGGUUGUAGGUGAUGAAACCACUUCCAGCCUGCGGGUAAAAUGGGACAUUUCUGACAGCAAUGUGCAGCAGUUUAGGGUGACCUACCUGACAGCUCAAGGGGACCCUGCGGAAGAAGUGGUAGGAAUGGUCAUGGUGCCUGGAAGCCAGAACAAUCUCCUUCUGAAGCCUCUGCUUCCCAACACUGAAUACAAAGUCACGGUGACUCCCAUCUACACAGAUGGAGAAGGCGUCAGUGUCUCUGCCCCUGGAAAAACCUUGCCAUCCUCUGCUCCCCAAAACUUACGGGUGUCAGAGGAAUGGUAUAACCGGUUGCGAAUUACAUGGGAUCCACCAUCUGCCCCUGUAAAGGGCUAUAGGAUUGUCUACAAACCCGUCAGUGUUGCAGGCCCAACACUGGAAACUUUUGUGGGAGCUGACAUUAACACCAUUCUUAUCACAAACCUCCUCAGCGGAAUGGAUUACAACGUGAAAAUAUUUGCCUCCCAGGCCUCCGGCUUCAGCGACGCCCUGUCAGGCCUGGUGAAGACAUGGUUCUUGGGUGUGACCAAUCUCCAAGCCAACCAGAUUGAAAUGACCAGCUUGUGUGCUCAGUGGCAGAUGCAGCGUCAUGCCACAGCCUACAGGGUAGUUAUAGAAUCCCGCCAGGAUACACAAAAACGAGAAUCUACUGUGAGUGGAGGGACAACCAGGCAUUGCUUCUAUGGCCUCCAGCCUGACACAGAAUAUAAAAUCAGUGUUUAUACAAAGCUCCAGGAGAUCGAGGGACCUAGUGUGAGCAUAAUGGAAAAAACACAGUCACUUCCUACUCAACCACCAACUUUUCCUCCAACCAUUCCACCAGCAAAAGAAGUAUGUAAAGCUGCAAAGGCAGAUCUGGUGUUUAUGGUGGAUGGAUCGUGGAGCAUUGGAGAUGAUAAUUUCAAUAAGAUCAUCAACUUUCUGUAUAGCACUGUUGGAGCCCUGAACAAAAUUGGCACAGAUGGAACUCAAGUAAGGCUAAUCGAUCAAUUAUUAAUUCAUUCUAUAUAUUCAAAAAUUAUUUCUCCAGCUCUUAUUAUGGCUAUUUGCUACAGCAUUUUUGCAGUUGGUGUGGCUGACGCAGAUUACUCGGAGUUGGUUAGCAUUGGCAGUAAGCCCAGUGCACGCCACGUCUUCUUUGUGGAUGACUUUGACGCCUUUAGGAAAAUUGAAGAUGAGUUAAUUACUUUUGUCUGUGAAACCGCAUCAGCAACCUGCCCACUGGUGCACAAGGAUGGCAUUGAUCUUGCAGAAGGAUUGCCUUCUGACUACACAAUCAGUUUUCUAUUCCGAAUUCUUCCUGAUACUCCACAGGAGCCAUUUGCUCUUUGGGAGAUUUUGAAUAAAAAUUCUGACCCAUUGGUUGGAGUCAUUUUAGAUAAAACACUUGCGGUGAUCACUAGGCUACACAUCGUUGUCAGUGAGACUUUGGCCAAAGUGGUUAUUGACUGCAAGCAAGUGGGUGAGAAGGCAAUUAAUGCAUCGGCUAAUAUUACAUCAGAUGGUGUAGAAGUUCUAGGGAGAAUGGUUCGAUCAAGAGGACCAAAUGGAAACUCUGCAUCAUUCCAGUUACAGAUGUUUGAUAUUGUUUGCUCCACAUCAUGGGCCAAUAAAGACAAAUGCUGUGAACUUCCAGGCCUGAGGGAUGAUGAGUCCUGCCCAGACCUUCCACAUUCCUGCUCCUGUUCUGAAACCAAUGAAGUGGCUCUAGGACCAGCAGGCCCACCAGGUGGUCCAGGACUCCGAGGACCAAAAGGCCAACAAGGUGAACCGGGCCCAAAGGGACCAGAUGGCCCUAGGGGUGAAACAGGCCCUCCAGGACCUCAGGGGCCCCCUGGACCUCAAGGACCAAGUGGUCUGUCCAUUCAAGGAAUGCCUGGAAUGCCAGGUGACAAAGGAGAGAAAGGAGAUACUGGCCUCCCUGGUCCACAGGGUAUCCCAGGAGGCGUUGGUUCACCAGGACGUGAUGGUUCACCAGGCCAGAGGGGCUUUCCAGGAAAGGAUGGUUCCUCUGGCCCUCCAGGACCACCAGGGCCAAUUGGCAUUCCUGGAGCUCCAGGGGUCCCAGGGAUCACAGGAAGCAUGGGACCGCAAGGCGCCCUGGGACCGCCUGGUGUCCCUGGACCAAAGGGGGAACGAGGAGAACGAGGCGACCUGCAGUCUCAAGCCAUGGUGAGAGCAGUGGCACGUCAAGUAUGUGAACAGCUCAUCCAGAGUCACAUGGCCAGGUACACAGCCAUCCUCAACCAGCUUCCCAGCCACUCCUCAUCCAUCCGGACCAUCCAGGGGCCUCCUGGGGAGCCUGGAAGACCAGGCUCACCUGGCACCCCUGGUGAACAAGGACCCCCAGGCACACCAGGUUUCCCAGGAAAUGCAGGCAUGCCAGGAUCCCCAGGAGAACGAGGUCUAACUGGUAUCAAGGGAGAAAAAGGAAGUCCAGGUGUUGGAACUCAAGGUCCAAGAGGCCCUCCUGGACCAGCAGGACCAUCAGGGGAGAGUCGGCCUGGCAGCCCUGGGCCCCCUGGCUCUCCUGGACCAAGGGGUCCGCCGGGUCAUCUGGGGGUGCCUGGACCACAAGGUCCUUCCGGUCAGCCUGGCUAUUGUGACCCGUCAUCAUGUUCUGCCUAUGGUGUGGGAGCUUCCCGUCCGGAUCAGCCAGAAUUCACCCCUGUACAAGAUGAGCUGGAAGCCCUGGAACUGUGGGGCCCCGGGAUCUGAUCACCUCAGGAGAACUUAGAAGACCAACUGCAAGAACUCUUAAGGAACCUUAUUUGAGAAAAUAUUGUCAUGUGGUUUGUAUGCUACUUCUGGGGGGCUCAUUUCAGCAGCCUAAAUUUCCUCUUUGGAUAAUAUUAAUAUUAUUGUUAUUAACAAAAAAAUAUAUUUUUAAAAAAAUCCCCUUAAUCUAUGACACUGUAGAAAUGAUUUCCCUUUGCUAUUUUAAUGGCAUGCCAGAUAAUUUGUUUUUCCAGAGAAUAGUGCUCAGAGAGGAAUUGGGAAAAAUAAAUUGAACCCUGGAAUCCUUUCUCUCAAGUUCUAAGAUGAACAAAACAGAUAUGAUCGUGUUUGAGGGAAAUGGGGCCCCAGCAGAAAACGAAUUCAAAGAGAGUCAAAGAUUAUACCAUUUACUCCUACCCCCAUGGGAAUGACCUUGCUGGUAAGAAAAAAGGGACAUUAUUGGAGAAACUACCUCUUGUUUAAUUGAUCUGUCCAACUCUGAGAUCACUUGGUAACUGGUUUCACGGGUAUCCAAAACUAAGUGUUAGAAUAUAACCUUUCUGAAUCUGGUAAUUUAAAAGAUAGAUUUAGUUUUUUCAGUGGUUUUUAACUGAUGCAAACUAAUGACUUUCUACCAGCUCUAAUGCAAAGGGAUCCAAUAUUGAUGAGCAAUUUAUCCAGCGUUAUGUUCCAGGGGCUGCCUCUCCUCAUCUACAGGGAUUACUUUGUACAUGAAGAUAAGUUGUUGCAAACCUAUUUCCAUUCCCUUUUGUAAGCAAAUAAAAAUUUAAAA